AAGGAGACAUCAGCAGUCGGUUUGUCACUGAGCAGCGACCCGAGUGAAGCAGCAUCAUGUCUGGCAGAGGGAAAGGAGGCAAAGGACUGGGCAAAGGCGGAGCCAAGCGGCACCGUAAAGUGCUCCGUGAUAACAUCCAGGGCAUCACCAAACCGGCCAUCCGCCGUCUGGCUCGCCGUGGCGGCGUCAAGCGGAUCUCGGGUCUGAUCUACGAGGAGACCCGCGGGGUGCUGAAGGUUUUCCUGGAGAAUGUGAUCCGGGAUGCGGUCACCUACACUGAACACGCCAAGCGCAAGACGGUCACUGCCAUGGAUGUGGUGUACGCUCUGAAACGCCAGGGCCGCACUCUCUAUGGCUUCGGCGGCUGAAAAAC